AUGACCAUUCCUCUUUCAAGGUAGGCUGAAUUGUAAGGCUUCAGGAUUGCAGGUGUAUUUUAAAUGCCUGUAUAAUUAUUUCAUUAAUUGAUUAUACUGUUAAAGAGCUGGUACUUGAAAAUUGUAUCUCUGAAAGAAUUUGAACAUAUCAGUUUUCUGCCUUCCUUAAAGUUACUUUUCAUGGUGUGAUUAUAAUGUGUAAAUGUGACUUGUGUGUACUAAUGUGAAGCAAUUUUCAGCCCUAGAAACACAAAUAAGACUUUCUUUCAAGAAAGUUUUGAUAGUUCUUUACUUUGAUACAUACAAAUCAUUUCCAUAAAUCACGUAAUGGUAUUUACUCAAUGUUAAAUGAUUAAUUUUAGUCACUAAACAAUUUUUAUGUUUUACUGAUUUAUUUUCUAUAUUUUCCCUUUUUUUAUUUUAUUUUAGUGUACUUUAUAGAGUUUACAGAGGUAUCCCAGAGAACAGACAAGUAUUUUUACUUAAUUUUUAUAGAAGGAAAGUUUUUCAAGUGCCUUAUAUGUUUGACUGUAUUGCAAAGCACUUCUGUUAUUUCCUCAUCAAGCUGACUGCUAAAGUAAUAUUCUCUGCCUGUUGUUCACAGUGUGGUAAAUGUGUGAUUUUUGGCAUUAUGAUUUAAGCACAAUCCUGCAAAUUGUUCCUCUGGGGUGGGGCUGGAUGAAGUUAAUUCUAGGUUAAAAUGUGGUGGCAAAUUUAUGAGGAGUAACCUAAUUGUCUACAUGAAAACUCAGACCAUACAAUUUCUGUGUACUUUUAACUAUACAUUUAUAUGACAUAACUGUAGGCUGAACUUGUUGUUUCUUUCCUCUGAAUAUGAUCAUAAAUAACAAAUUUGGAUUUCAACUUAACCUUUAAUAUUCUUAUUCUGAAUCAACUCUUUAGCUAAGCUUAGUCUUUAAAUGCUUAGUGGUGUGUUGAAAGCCUCAUUAUACUUAACCUAAUUCUGGCCUUUGAUGAAUUUUUAUACAUCUAAUGUUAUUUUAAUAGAUCAAAAGAAAGCCAUUCGUUUUCAGUGGGCACAGCUGAUGUAUCAGAGAUCCAUUUUUAACCAUCUCCAAAUAGGAGUCACCUGUUUUUCCUCAGGGACACUGAAGUUUUACUCAUCAGGUGCAGUUGCUUCUAUGACAAGCAACAUUAUCAAAAGAUCUUCUAUAGUCUGACCAAGCUUUCUUUGGAAAUCAUUAGGUUCUCAUAUUUCUGCUGCCACCCCAUUAAUAUUGGAAAGCUGGUCUAUCUGCUUCUUUGAAAGCCUUGUCCACAUUCCCAGACCUUUCACCCAAAUUGUCCUUUACUAGUUCUCCCACUCACAGACUUUCACCCCCAAGUAACUUUAGAAAGUUACUUCCCGGCUAUUGUUUUACAAACUAAGCAGGGCAAGCUCUUUUGCAUAUAUAUGGGAAGUGACAAAAACCUAAAAGGAAUGCAGUGUAAAUAAUUGCACCUGCCUGUUUUAGAUGCUGCUUUUUUUUUUUUCAGACUUGGAAACUUAAUUACAUGUGUAAUCACUCCUGGUUUUCAUACCAAAAUCAAACUGCUUGUAGUUAAAAAUAGAAGAAAUUGGGGAAAAAAGUUAAUCCAUAAGAUAAAAGCAACACCACAGCCAUAUUUUUAUGCAGUUUAAAUGAAUCUCUAUCCAUUUUUAAUAGGCACAUGCGAAGACUACCCUUUUAGUUUUAGUGCUGCCUAUGUAACCCAUUUUUGCAGAUUAUUGACAAAUUUUAUCAGCUGAUGAAAGAUAUUAAACUAAACCUGCAAACUCGUAUUUAGGGAAGGCAAUGGAACAAAACGUGCAUGUGCAGUACCUGACAUUAAGGGCCAUAUGCCCAAAGCUGUUGACACCAAGGAAGAAUGAAUGUCCUGUGUUCCCAUCACUUUUCAAAAGGAAAAAAAUGCAUGUGCCAAAUAUUUGCCUGUGGUUGACUGCAGAUGCUAGACCAGGUGGGUGAUACUACAGCACGGAGGUGCAAUUGGCAUUGUAUGAAGUUUUGCAUAAAGCACCUGGUACAGUUUCUGUCUGUAUCUAUCUUAGGUAUUUACAAGGCACCUAUCACCUUGGUACCUAAGCACUUUGAAAAAUGCACCCACCCCAGGAGGCAUGAUGCAGAUACAGACAGAGGCCCAGGUCCAGAGCAGCAGAGGCAGGUCCCAGGAAGCUCUGUGUUCCCGCUGUUGUUGAGCUCCUGGCCCACUUGGUGUGGCCAAGGAACAUCUCCACCCACCUGUCAGCAGGAAGACGGUGCCCCACCCCUCACGUGCAGCUCCGCUGGUGGGCAAUCUGAAAAGGAAAGAUAAUGGAAAAGGCAACGAUCCAGUAGCAGAGGUGAAACAGGAAUGGUGGGAUUUCAAAAGGAGGGCUUCUUAAAGAGCAGCACAUCUCAGGGGAGGGAUCAGCUGCCAGUUCAAGUGGCAGAUGUCACUGGGGAGCAAGAUGGGGAGGUUCCUGGAUCCUCGGGGCAAGCCGGCCAUCACCGAGGGAGCUUGCUGUCCACGCCGGCCGAAGAACAGGAAUCCUCGGUGCCUGCCUCUGACGAAGACUCACCAGCCAGGACCACAGAGAGCUGGCAGUGGCCACUGUCCUCGUCUGAAACGCACAGCAACGUUGGGGAGGAUUUUGAGGGAUUUCAAACGCCAGCGCGGACUCCGGAGUGUACCAUGGACAUACAGUCUCCCGGGGAUCAGUCACUCAGUAGAACUCCUCAGUUUGAAAGUGACUCUCCUGAGGAGGAGGGAAAUGAUGAAAUGAAUGAAGAGCGCUGCGGUGUUGAGCCUGUCCCUAGGGAUCGGGGUUGGAGAGGGCAGCCCCAGCUAACAGAGGGAGAGAAGCUGUUGAUGGAAACCAACAGUAGGAUUGUGCAGCUGCUGGAAAAUAUCAAGAGGGAGCAUGCACAGUCCAUGGGCCUCAUGUCCCAGUCCAUGGGCCGCAUGGAGCUGCAGCUGGGCAUUGUGGCUACCUCCACAAGAGCCAUCCAUAACUACCUGUCAGAGAUUUUAGCUUUCCUCAAGCAGCCGAGGACGCAGGUCCUUGAAACGCGCAUUUCCCAAAGAGCCACCCCCCAUGUCGAGUUGACCUGUGCCUCGACAUGGACCGGGGAGGACGCAGUGGCAUCCUCCACUGUGUGCUUACCUGGGGCCGAGGGGACGGGCGACUCUCGAGACCCGCCGCAGGCCACCCUGCCUUGUCGCAGUGGCCGGCUGCAGAGAGCCAUAACCGAGAGGGCCUCGCUGCCCAUGCCUCCACGCCAGGCAAAAGGGGGAGGGAAGAAAAAAUAACCAUUCCAUAGGGUUUUUAGAGGUUUUUUUUAAUGUGCCUGUCCUUUUAAUUCUUAGCCAUAAGGCCAUUGGUGGCAGAGUUUCAACCAUUUCCUACAUUGGCUAACAUUGUAUUCUGGCUGACUAGAUUAGUCUAACAUUUUGUAGUUUAUAUUUGCACUGUUAACUAUGUGUGCUGCUGGUAUUUGAAGAACAUUUGCCUCUGUUCUUUCACUUUAACUUCAUACGAGCAUUUUUUUACUCUGUGCCAGGCAUUCAUUGCUUUUCUUACAAAUACAAGUCAUUUCUUGAGGCAGCUGUUUUUUGAGUUUUCUUUCUCCAUUAUCCCAUCCCCUCUGAGCAAGCACUCGGGACUUGGUGGUAAGUAUAGAGGUCUUCGCAAUACUCGCCUCCAAAACUGUGUUCGAUCAGUCUUUGCCUGGUGUUUCUGGCAUGCCAGCCUGAGGUGUUGGGGUCAGCCUGUACCGGAUCAUGAUCAUUCUUAUCCUCUGUGGGUCUGACCAGCUCAGUUUCUAAGACCCUCGGUGGAGCUAAUCCACAUGUCUUGGCUAUGUCGUACAAUAAGUAAUGUUGCCAGGAUCAUACCUCAUAUUUCUCCUUUGGGGGCUGUAUAGUGAUGUGCCACCAGAUCUAUCUAGGCACCUGGCUCUCAUUUUCAAAGUUCCUUUCAUGAUGGAUCUGGUGGCUUGAUGGGCAGCAUUAUAAUUUUUCCUCUGAGAGAGUCUGGGGAUUGGAAACAAGAGUCACUAAGCAAUGUGUUCUACGGGGAUAAGAGCCAUCUCCUGCAACAAAUCUAUUAGGAGGAGACUGUCCCCUGUAAUUAUCAGAGAUAUUAAUUAUUUAAGAAAAAGAGAAAAAAAAAAGAAAAAAAGCAACUUGCCUGGCAGCCAGACCUCUUGAGAAUGUAAAAGUCAUGACACGCUGUUGGGUACUGUGCUCCUCUGUCUGUGAUUAAGAGCUUCUCAUCAGAGACGACCUACAUCUUGAUAAAACACAACUACUUCCUGUGCCUUUAGGCCAUCUAAUUUUCUGAGGGCUGGCACCCUGAGCAGAGCACGGGGCCCAUUGGAAACCCACAGGGCAGAUGGAAACGCACUUUGCAAUAAAUUAUUUUAUAUCUGUUGGUGCUGCCUCUCUCGGGGGAAUUUAAUUUAGUGGCACUCAAACUGCUAUAUGCAUGCAGAGGCAUCAGACUUGGCUUUUCCAUGUGGUAUCCCUGACAGUUCUCUGAAAGGAUGCUGUUGCCAGGAGCCCCCUGAGCGGUGGUGACCUGUUCUCACGGGUGUAGCAUGGCUCCUAUGUUUGACUCUCAACACACCGUUGUAACUUCUUGGGAACGUUCAGAAGAGUUUAUAUGGCAAAGCAGUGAUGAAUGGAAAAUACUAGAGAACAACCAUAGGCUUAAAAAUUCUCUUCUGUGAUUACAACCGAGCUGUGCUCUCUGUCCAGUGAGACAUAGACUCUUCUUCCCUGUCUUUCUGUGAGGUUAUUCAAGAUAAAGCAGAUCAUAUUUUGUUAUUCUGCCAGUCAGCCACAAAUUGCUCCCGUAUAAGUGUGUGUGCGUGUGUGCUUGUGGCUGUACUUUGCUAAAUGACUGAUUUAAGGAUGAAAUUGCAUCUGGCAUGGCCAACCUCCAGUGUAGGCUUUUUCCACUACCAAAUAUUUCUUCCCUUUCACCUCCAUCCAGCUGAGUUCCUUGUAAAAAUGCCAUUGGAGGUGGGCUUCUUUGGCCACACUUCACACCGGGUACCAAUUUUUGCAUCUAUUUUGUGGCUUUUUUUUUUUUUAAUAUCUCUUUUGUCAGAACUAUUUGUAAAGUUAUCCUCAGAGACUUUCCAACACAAGCUUGUAAGCUUUUCCCUCUCACUGGUGCAAGAAAUGCAUGCUGCAGAGUAUUUGAGGUCACAAGGAGGUUGGGAGAGAAGCUAAUUAGUGAUCCUGACAAAUUAUUAUGGCCUUCUGAACAAGCUAGUUCUGGUGCAUAAGUGGUUUGCACACUGGUACUGUGGAUGUGAACAGCCCAGUUCAAAGCACAGGGUUUGUCCCAAUAUGUUUACAUCUUCUUUCUUUGGGAUGAGUUUGAGUGAAGCUAAGUACAAUUCAGCCAGUCAAUUUGGCCUAAGUAGCACGUUUGAUAAUGCAGUGAGAAUGUUUUUUAUUUUGCACAGUGCUUUCACUUCAGAAGGGUGGUGGAGUUGUGGCCAGAUGUUAAGAAUUUGACUUGCUCUUCAGGACCCGCCAUGUAGCUGCUACCAUUUAGAACCAAUCUCGUUCCCACGUGCUGGCUACUUCCAUGGCUUCAAAUUUUUUUGUUGUAGUCUCAAAACAACAGCCUCCACUCCACCUUUGCUUCCUGACCAAAGGCAGCAGAGCAAAGAGAAGAUAUAGCAGUGCUGCAGUUGAAAGUGCCACGCAAGGAAGCACUAAAGAGUUCCUUGCAAAGCAGCUUAAGCUUUAACCUGCUCUCCUCUUCCAUUUCCAAGUGCUUUAGCUAGAUAUGGCAAGGCACAAAGCACCACUCCAACGGGAGCAGCCAUAGGGUGAGAAGGACUGGGAACCUACAGACAAGAAACCUGCAAUAAACUUACACAAAGCCAAGGGGGUUUUUCCACCUGGAAGUAGUAGAUGGUAUUAAGAAUUGGUGCCAACUGAUAUUUUGCUCAGAUCCAACAUUAGGAUCUGACUUGUAGUAUUGUCUAGCAAAAUCAGUGCAGUUGGAGGGUAUGUAUGUUCCAUCCCCAACAAAUAUUUUCAUGCUUUUCAAGUGUCUGUCAUGGCCUCAUCACUCUUUCCCUGUAGCUUUUUGUUGUCUGAAUGGGUAUAUGGUUACAUGUGUCUGUUAAAAAUAAAGGGGAUCAGUUCUUACAUGGUAUAUUUAUAUUUCUUAUGUACAGAUUUUGAGUAUGUAGUGCUUCAGUUUCCAAAACUUCCUUCUUUCUGUGUCCAAAAGACCAGUUGUUUGGCUUCUGGAAUGUUAACAAGGGUGGGAGAGCCUUAACAGGAAAUCUCUGCCCAGUUGAAGCUCUUGGUGAUAGAUCCCCUGAGUAUGAUUCUGCAGUCUGGCCAUAUUUUUGAUGUAUAGGUCAAAUAUUCGUGGUUACACCGUUGCUUUCUGAUGCCUUUUGCUGAGCAGAAGUGCAGAUAUUUUUCUUUCAGAAGUUCACAGUUUGUAUAACAAAGUCAUUAUGAAAUGUGACAUGAAGUUUGUUUUAUUUUUGAAUAUGUGUGAUGAUUUUAAGAAUUUUUUUCCUUUUUCUCCUUCCACUGGAUGAUUUAAAUCCCACCAAAAAAAUAAAGCAGACCAAUGAAAAGAAUUGAAUGCUAACUUCAAUUGAAAAGAAAUAGCAACACUACUCUUGUGAGACAGUUUUCAGCAGUGUUCAGCUUGCUGGUCCUGCUCAGCCUUUCCUUUCCUGCCUGCUCCCUGAUCCUCUGUGACACUGAAAUAUCCACUUCUAGGACAACCUACUUCCUAACCCGAAGGCUAAAAGUUUUUCCCUCUCUUUUUCUCCCUUUUAAAAUACCAUCCUUGCAUCAGCCAGAUCUACUGUUUAGAGGGAUCAAAAGCUCUUUUCCUCCUGCCUUAUUCCCAUCCAUAUCAAUAUCCAGGGCCCUGAGUGCGCUGCUCUCCUGUGAGAGGUAAAACUUAAAUCCCUAAAUCCAAUACUUGGCAUAGUAACACUGCCAAAAAAAAUGGUGGUUUGUUUUUUUUUUUUAAAUCUAUAGUACCCUAAUGAAGUAGCUACCCUUGUUUGCUGAAGCAAAUAAACAAUUAUUUGGGAGAUGGAUUUAAUUUCUGAAAAGUAACAUUGCUCUAACUCGUGUUGUGGAAGCCCAGGAGCCAGGCUAAGCUAUUCCACUCACACAAACACCACAGGCUAUGUAACUAAUCCUUACUUUGGUGAAACUUCAAAGGAAAAGACACUAAAUUAACGUGCUGCACAGGGAAGCAAAUGCCAUGGAAGGCGUAGCAAGGAAACCUGUUGGUAUGAUUCAGUUUUGGAUUCUAGCACAGAUUCAAAACUCAAACUAUUCUGGUGGCUUAGGCUACUUGUUUAAUUUCUCCAUGCCUUGGUUUCACAGUAGUAGAAGGGGCAAAAAAAGGAACUGUCAGGCAAUAAUUAGUUGAUUAUAUGGUACUUUGAGGUCUUCAGUCUGAAGGAGUAACCUAAUGUAUUAAGUGCUGAUGGAACUUGUUUGUGACCAAAGUUGGAGACGGGGCUAACACCAGCACUCAGCUUUGGAACAUUCUGAAUAAAGUUCUCCCCAUAUUUUACCAUCGUGUCAUAUGGUAGAUCAGAAUCCCAAAUCCAAAUGUUGAAGCUCUCACUCAGACUUGGACUUUGCCUAUUUGGUCUGUUUCUGACCACAACUAAAUACAUUCUCAAGCCAUCCAGUAGUUAAAAUAAAAAA